GUGAGGUCAGGGUGCGACAUGCAGAGAGUACAAGUCCUGCAUCCCGUGCAGGUGCCGCCGCUUCAAAAUGCCAGGCAGAUGAAUUCUGCGUACUGGCCACCGGUGCAGACCAUUGGGGCUAAGAAGACUCCAAGAUCGCGGUCUCCGCCAGAAGAUGUGAGGCUCUCAGACUUUGAGAUGAUGGAUGGGCAAGGAGGCCGUUCCUUGGGCAAAGGAUCCUUUGGUGUGGUACGGCGCAUCCGACGCAAGGGAACCGAUGAUGUCUAUGCACUCAAGACCAUGCAGAAAGCGGAGGUGGUCAACGGACAGCUGGUGGAGCAGGUGGAGAGAGAAAUUCAGGUCCAGCGGACUCUGAAGCAUGAGAAUGUGCUUCGACUCUACAAGCACUUCGAGGAUGAUGACACGGUGUACUUGCUGCUGGAGUACUGCGCGAAAGGGGAGCUCUAUCAGCUCCUACGGACACAGAAGGGCCGCAAGUUCAGUGAGCAGAUGUCAAAGCACUUCUUUGUUCAGUUGGUACGCGGGCUGAAGUACCUCCACUCGCACCAAAUUGUGCACAGAGACCUCAAGCCAGAGAACUUGCUGGUCACGCACGAUGACGUGCUGAAGAUCGGGGAUUUCGGAUGGUGUGCUGCGACGAAUGUUCUCCGGACCACGUUUUGUGGCACAAUGGACUACUUGGCACCAGAGAUGAUCCAGGGAAGCGGGCACAAUCACACCCUCGACAUUUGGAGCGUGGGCAUCCUGCUUUAUGAGAUGAUGGUUGGUCGCCCACCCUUCCAAAGCACCAACCACACGAUGUUGAUCGACAGGAUCCUGAAAAUCGCGAUCUUCUUUCCACCUGGCCUGCCUCCGUUGGUGGUGGACUUGGUGCGCCGGCUACUGAAGCGAGAUCCGGCACAGCGGUUGCCGCUAGAUCAGGUGCUGAGGCAUCCCUGGGUCGUUGGGGCAUCAGAUGGUGAGGCUGCCACACCGCCGUCUCGGGAUGCACCCCUGUCUAAGUCGCAGCAACUGCCUUCCCAGCCUGGGACACCGCCAUCGAGUGGGGCAGGCGCCAUGCCGCCGAACAAGCACUUACCUCUGCAGAAGAGUGGCCGAGUGCCUUCAUGCGAGAAGGUCCGGAGCAUGGCCUCGCCACGUCACCGAGCAG